GGUGGAGCGCGCGGCGCGGGGCACUCGGCCAUGUCCGCGGACGCCUGCGCGCCGGACUCCGGGCCCAAGGCCGGCUCGGGGCCGGGGCUGGUGCGGGAGCCCGGACGGGGCUCCGAACCGGGCCAGUUGUGUCCGGAGCACGGCGAGCCUCUGAGCGGGUUCUGCCUCUCGGAGCGACGGCCGGUGUGCGCUGUCUGCGCCGGGCUGGGCGGCCGCUGUCACCGGCACCGCGUUCGCCGGGCCGAGGAGCACGCCGAGGAGCUGAGAAACAAGAUUGUGGACCAGUGUGAGAGGCUGCAGCUACAGAGUGCUGGCAUCACUAAGUAUAUGGCGGAGGUCCUGCAAGGAAAGAGCCAGAAAGCAGCGAGCAUGGCCAGUGCAGCGAGGGAACUGGUCAUCCAGAGGUUGAGUCUGGUGAGGAGCCUGUGUGAGAGUGAGGAACAGCGGCUACUGGAGCAGGUACAUGAUGAAGAAGAGCGGGCCCACCAGAGUAUCCUGACUCAGCAGGCACACUGGACUGAGGCUCUGCAGAAGCUGGACACCCUCCGCACCAGCCUGGUGGGCAUGCUGACCCAUCUGGAUGACCUGCAGCUGCUUCAGAAGGAGCAGGAGAUUUUUGAGAGGGCCGAGGAAGCAGAGGGCAUUUUGGAUCCCCAGGAGUCGGACAAAUUAAGCUUCAGUGAGAAGUGUGCUUGGAGCCCACUACUGACUCAACUCUGGGCAACGUCAGUUCUCGGGUCUCUCUCAGGCACGGAGAAGGUGUUUAUUGAUGAAAGGACUGUCAGCCCCUUACUGCAUAUGUCUGAAGAUCGAAGGACCCUGACCUUCAGUGCCAAGAAAUCCAAGGUCUGCUCAGAUGGCCCAGAACGCUUUGACCACUUGCCCAAUGCCCUGGCUGCCACCGCCUUCCUGGCUGGCCUCCAUGCCUGGAUAGUGAAAGUUCAGCACAGUCGCGCCUAUAAAGUGGGCGUGGCUUCAGCUCAGCUGUCCCGGAAGGGUUCUGGCAGUGACUGCCGCCUGGGCCACAAUGCCUUCUCCUGGGUUUUCUCCCGCUAUGAUCAAGAGUUCCAUUUCUCACACAACGGACAGCACGAGCCUCUGGGGCUGCUUCGGUGCCCAGCACAGGUGGGUAUGCUGCUGGACCUGCAGGCAGGAGAGCUGAUCUUCUACGAGCCUGCCUCAGGGACGGUGCUUCACAUCCACCGCGCUUCCUUCCCUCAGCCGCUCUUCCCAGUCUUUGCUGUGGCUGACCAGAUCAUCUCCAUCAUUCACUGACCCUCAGCUACGGUCAGUCCAGAUCCACCUCCCCAUCACCCUUGCAGGUCAGGCCACGCAUCCAGCUAGUGUCCUUUUCUUCAACGAUGAGUGCAGUGUUCCCUAUGGGCAACUUUUGGAGAUGUGGAUCUCCUUCAGACUCCUUUUGAUGUUGGUGCUGUGGGAGGAUUCUGUUGCUCUCUUGGCCUUAUUCUCUCAAACCCACCAUGCUGUGCCCUUCCAAGGGUCUCAUUAACCUGUGCCCCUGGCAUCCAGCAUGGUGCCUGGUGCCUGGCUAGUGUACAGAGAGGUACAGUGAGGGAGCAGAUGGCUGGGUAGGCGGGUGACCAGUGGUGGGCAGAUCCUGAAGAAGCACUGCAGCCCUUGGAGGUGCCUCACCGCAGAGAAGCCUGUGGUGAAGCCUCCCUCGCCUCUUAGUUAAGUAUUUCUUGGUCUGUUUCAUGACGCACCAUGUGGAGAGAAUAUUUUUCUUGCACACAACCUUCCAGGCUGCUCUUGGCCAGAAAACUGGCCUGGGAGUGUCAUGGUCUCUUCCCAUGUUGUGUCCUAUCUCCAGGAAACCUUCUUGCAGCACAGUUGUUGGCAUCUGUCCCCAGGCCCUAAGGCUGAGCUCCAGCAUGGACCUACUUGUAAUAAGGGUGAUAAACUUUCCUGCUGUCUGUGCUGAGCACCAUGCAUCAUGACUCUUUUCUUAGGGUGGAAACCUGGGUUGAGAGCUUCAAGCCAGAAGAGCUGAGGGGAAAGGAGGGCUAGCCUUAAUGAAUGAAUGUGACAUUAUUAAAGGUUUCUAAAGGCAUACCGGUGUCUUUGCUGGUAACUGGCUCCAUGCUGAAUGGUGGCCUUAGCUUUAUGCUUCGAAAAAAGUGGAUCAUGGCUCCAACCAGCUGAAAGCCAUGCUACUGUUACUGGAGCCGAGAGUAAGGCCAUUUCCUCGGCCAUUUCCAUAAAGAAUUCAUUUGAGAAUAAUGGGUCUUCUUGCUCGAAGCUUGUUGCAGGGCACUUGGCUAGCUGCCAAAAGCUCUGAGUUGAAUCCCCAGCACUGCAGACAGAACAGUGUGAAAACCAUUGGGAGGGGGUGGGGGGCAGGCCACAAAGUCUGCCUGUGGAACAAUCGCUGCAUCUGCCAGCCCCUUACUGCCAUGAAGAAUGUGGUCCCAGGAUAACUGGGAGGAGGAUCUUUGGAGAACAGUGUGUGUUCAUAUGUGUGUCUAUUGGGGUAUGCAUGUAUGUAGGUGCAUGCAUGUGGAGGCCAGAGGGGACAGCCUUGGGUGGCAUCUUCGGAAGUGCCAUCUCCUCUUUUGAGACAGUCUCCCAUGGGCCUCAUCAGCUAGACUGGCCAGUGAGCCUCAAGAAACUGCCUGUUUUAGUCUCUUCAGUGCCGGAAUUCCAAGUGUACGUCACUGUACCUGUUAAGUUUAUGUGGGUUUUAGGGGUCAUAUUUGGGUUCAUGGUUGCAACAAGCACUUUACCAAUUGAGCUAUUUCUUUAGUCCCUCUUAGUUAAUUUUUAAUUUACUGUGUUUGUAUGGUAUGAGGGGGGAACUUGCAUGCCAUGUGCAGGUGUAGAAAUCAGACAGCUCUAUGGAGUCAGUUCUUUCCUUCCAACUCUGUGGGGUCCCAGGUCAAACAUGAGGCAUUACAUUUUUUGUUGUUGUUUUGUUCUUUUGUUUUUUGAGACAGCGUUUCUCUGUGUAGCCUUGGCUGUCCUGGAACUUGCUCUGUAAAUCAGGCUGGCCUCAAACUCACAGAGAUCAGCCUACCUCUGCCUCCCAAGUGCUGGGAUUAAAGUUGUGUGCCAUCACUGCCUGCCUA